CUCCUAGAAGCCAAUCCAAGCCAAGCAAGCAAGCUCUUCUUUUAUUUGUAAACCCUAUUAAUUCUUAGUUUUUCUUUGUGUCUGUUGUUCCAUCUGUUCAAACAAAACCGAGAGAAAGUAAGAGAAGAACCGAGGAUAGGAAAAGGAGAAGAGGAGGAGGAGGAGGAAUUGUAUACUAUAUGGGUUUUCUUUGCUUUUCCGGAAAAUCGAGUAAGCGAUCAGAGAACAGCAGCAUCGAUGAAAAUAACAGUAACAUUAAACGCAAAGAUCAAACACAACUAACUUCAGGGUCGAUGAAAGUGAAGCCAUAUGUGAACGAUUCAAGGGAAGAAGGGGCGUCCAAGGAUGAUCAACUGUCGUUGGAUGUAAAGAGUUUAAAUUUGAAGGAUGAGAUUUCUAAGGAUAUAAGAAACAAUGGAAAUCCGGCUCAAACAUUUACUUUUGAGGACCUCGUGGCCGCAACUGACAAUUUUAGGUCUGAUUGUUUUUUGGGUGAAGGAGGAUUUGGCAAAGUUUACAAAGGGUACCUGGAAAAAAUCAACCAGGUUGUCGCUAUCAAGCAACUUGAUCAAAAUGGACUUCAAGGGAUAAGGGAGUUUGUAGUUGAAGUGCUGACACUAAGUCUAGCAGACAAUCCAAAUCUUGUCAAGUUGAUUGGAUUUUGUGCUGAGGGAGAUCAGAGGUUAUUGGUUUAUGAGUACAUGCCAUUAGGAUCUCUGGAAAAUCAUUUGCAUGAUAUUCCGCCCAAUAGGCAACCGCUUGAUUGGAAUGCAAGAAUGAAAAUAGCUGCUGGUGCAGCAAAGGGUUUAGAGUAUUUGCACAAUGAAAUGACACCCCCUGUUAUAUAUCGUGAUCUAAAAGGCUCCAAUAUUUUGCUUGGCGAGGGCUAUCAUCCUAAGCUAUCUGAUUUUGGGCUGGCAAAAGUGGGACCCAGCGGUGACCAUACUCAUGUUUCUACAAGGGUUAUGGGCACAUAUGGGUACUGUGCACCGGAUUAUGCAAUGACAGGUCAGCUGACGUUUAAAUCAGAUGUUUAUAGCUUUGGGGUUGUUCUUUUGGAGCUCAUCACAGGCAGGAAAGCAAUUGAUCAAACAAAAGAACGCAAUGAGCAAAAUCUGGUCGCAUGGGCGCGACCCAUGUUCAAAGACCGGAGGAACUUCUCAUGCAUGGUUGACCCUUUCCUUCAAGGUCAAUAUCCAAUAAAAGGAUUAUACCAAGCUCUUGCCAUUGCUGCAAUGUGUGUGCAGGAGCAGCCCAAUAUGCGCCCUGCUGUAUCUGAUGUGGUUUUGGCUCUGAACUAUCUAGCUUCACACAAAUAUGAUCCCCGAAUCCAUCCUUUACAAGACCCUCGGAGGAGACCAUCUCAUCCCGGAUUGGAUGAGGACAAUGGUAGAACAUAAAUUGCACGUGGUGGGCUCAUAAAUGACCAAUCUGGAGAACCAAAAAUUAGGAAUGAAGCGGCCAACACAUUUUUGCAGUGUUAAUAUUCCUAGUGCCUGGUAUCAGUUUUUGUUACAUGGGAGAUAGCAGGCAAUAGUUACAUUUUCAUCCUCUUACAGAAAUUCCUGCCCUUUCCUUUUCAUCCUUGUACAUGAGAGCUGGGUUUUUGUAUGUAAGAUGCCUCUCAUUAGGAAUUAUUUUCGCAUUCUGUAUAGACUAGCCUUAAUAACCACAGUAAUAAGUGCGCUUAUCUAAUUUCAGGCUCAAAGUGUUCUUUUUGGCA